AUGAGCCAACGUGAAACUACCCAGUUUACCUAUAUUGAUUAUGGAACUAACUCGAUACAGGUUGGAGAUGGGAAGAAUCCAUGUAUUUCAGAUAUUAAAGGUACUCUUGAAAUUCCUUCUCAAGUUAAUUCCAAAAAUGUAACAUCUAUUGGUAACUAUGCAUUUUCAAAUUGCAAUAUCAGUAACGUUAAACUGCCUGAUACUAUUCAAUUCAUUGGUUCUUUUGCAUUUAUGAAUUGCAAAAUAACUGAGUUUAUUUGUCCCAUAAGUGUAAUUCAAAUAGGGACAUUUGCUUUUUAUGGUUGUUCAUGCGUGUUUGCUAAUUUUGGUGAAACAAAAAUCAAAAGAUUUACUGGAGAACAUCAUUUUUUUCAAUCACAACUUGCCAAUGUUCUUCUUCCAGAUACCUUAGAAGUUAUUGCUUAUCAUAUGUUCUAUAAAACAAAUCUUAAAAAUAUCACUAUUCCAAAAUCAUGCAAAGAGAUUUCAGCCGGAGCUUUUAUUGAGUGCAUUUAUUUAGAAGAGUUUUUCACAGAAAGUCCUGAGUUUUGCAUCAAUAAUAAGGUACUUUACAGUAAAGAUUUCAAAACUUUAAUUGCAUAUCCAUCUAACUGUUUCCCUGAUAUUCUUCCAACAGUAACAUGCACUUCUUCUGCUAGAGGCUUUUCAGGAACUUCAUUUGUCAAUUUCACGUUAACAAUUCCUCUAAAAGUGAUUUCCAGUUAUGCGUUCCGAGGUUGCCCCAAUCUUGAGUAUGUUGAUCUAAGCUGUGCUAGAGUGACUUCCAUAUUUGAUGCCAUAUUUUAUGAUUGUAACAAAUUAGGAACAGUGAUUUUACCACAACAACUUAAAAGUAUAGAUAAGAACUGUUUCUCCUAUACAAAUAUCAUCAAAUUAGCUAUUCCUCCAAAUGUGAAAAGUAUACACGAUGCAGCUUUUAUAUCUUCAAAAAUUACCGAAAUAUAUUACUGCGGACUAAAUACAUUUGACUCGAUUUCUUUACAAAACACAAAUGUGAUAAUACAUGUUUCAGAUUAUUUCCCAAAAACUAUUACUAAAUUGUUAGGUUGUCCAAUAGAGGAUAGAACAUAUACAUGUCAAGAGUAUACAUGCAAUAAUAUGAUAGAUCAGUCAUUUAUGGAUUGCCCAUCAAUGAAUAUUUGUCUGUAUUCCAACUUUUAUGCAAGAAUUUUAUUAUAUUCUGUUUUUAUUGUUAUGUAA